UAGUUGAGCCAAGAAUCAUCUUGACUUUCUGCAUUGCAUUGCCUGAACUCUGCAAUAGUCCCCAGAAGCGAUGAAGCUGGCUCCACAUGAGAUUGCAGCACGAGUCGACUGCAUGAUGCUCGGAUCAUAUAAAGUGAUUGACACCGCUCAGUGAUUUUCCGAACGAACGAUGGCGUGAUGGGUUGUUGAGACCUGGGAAUUCCAGAUCAGAUGACGAUGGCAACAGUCGAAAUAUUUCAACGAGGCAUACCGGACCAUCAGCUUCAUCUGUGAUACUUGCAGCAGCGUAGACUCUAACGGACUAUAGAGAGACGAUUUUGGAGCAGUAUCGAAGAAUGGCGACCAACAUCACAUUCCAUCAGGGCGCCGUGACGGAGGAUGAACGAGCCGAACUUUUGGGUCAACGAGGAGCCACUAUUUGGUUCACAGGUCUAUCAGCGAGUGGAAAAUCCACCAUUGCUAGCGCACUCGAACAACAUUUACUACACCGUAAACUCCAUGCGUACAGAUUGGACGGUGACAAUAUACGAUUUGGUCUGAACAAGGAUUUGGGAUUUGACCAAGCUUCUCGUAUAGAGAACAUUCGAAGGAUUGGCGAAGUUUCUCUCUUGUUCUCCCUCUCAUCAUCUAUCACCUUGACCGCUUUCAUAUCGCCAUAUCAAUCCGACAGAGACCUCGCCAGAAAAUUACACGAGGAGCAUAAACCCGCAUCUGUACCAUUCAUCGAGGUGUAUGUCGACGCUCCGUUGAAUGUCGUCGAGGAGAGAGAUCCAAAAGGUUUAUACAAAAAGGCGAGGGCAGGAGAGAUCAAAGACUUCACAGGUAUCUCGGCACCAUAUGAAGCCCCCAGUCAUCCUGAAAUCCACAUCAGAACGGAUCAAGUCGAUGUCGCUGGCGCCGUUGCCCAAGUCGUCGCUUAUCUCGAGGAGAAGGAUCUGAUUCAAAAAGCCGCUUGAAAGCGACACCGAGCACUAGAUCGUAAACAAGAGUCAUCCACCCUCAUAUGCACAACAUUGUCCCCAGU